UCCUCCCAUCGCCGACCUGCUGCGCGCUCUCAAAAGAGCAAAAGAAACACGCACUUCUUCAUUUAGGAGACGGAUUGCGCAUCGAGCCACAGGAAAGGACUAAGAUUAAUGUACUGUGUUGCUAAUUCAAUACCGCGAUUAUUGUGGAUCAAAGCACUCGGAAAAGGACUAACUGGUCGCUUUGCGCUCAUUGGCAUUGGAUAUAUCGUUGCUGGCUCGGAAACAAUCAACAGAUUCCAAUGUGCGACCUCAGCAUGGACCAGGUGAUCCCCUUGUCUUCGGGCUAUCGCUGCUUGAAGAGGCAGGCAGCUUUUGAACUGUUUGAAGACCCUAUGUCUCUGUUCUCUGGGAUUUAUCCAUCAGUGGAGGAGGAGCAGGCAGCUCAAGAGGUCCCAUCAGGUCUGGAGUGUGUUUCACAAGAACUGGGACCAUGCUCCGUGCCUCUGCUCACUCCUUGCAGCAAAGCAGUAAUGAGCCAAGCUCUGAAGGACAGCUUUAAUGGCUUCUCGAAAGUUCAGCGUAUCUGUGGCAUCUCCAAUAACCCACGGAAGUGGAGUAAGCAGCAUGUCCAGCAGUGGCUGCACUGGGCCUCCAGUGAGUUCAGCCUCACCAACGUAAACUUCUUCAAGUUCGACAUGAGUGGGCAGGAACUGUGUGACCUGGGGAAGGAGGGCUUCCUAGACCUGGCCCCAGAUUUUGUGGGCGAUAUCCUCUGGGAGCACCUGGAGCAGAUGAUGAGAGCCUGUCAGGAGAGCAGUGAGGUCACAGCAUCCUCCCGCCCAGCUCCAACUGCCUCAACCUGGAUGAGCAACAACUCUGUCGGUUUCGGCUUGGAGGACACGCAGUGUGCGCUCCGGGUGUCUGAGGGCAGCGCUAGUCUUCUGAGGGAAUUGUUUGCGACUCCAGAGGAACCCACCCACAUGCUCUCUGACCGAGACUUCUCAGUGUUCCCUAAACCUCAGCUGAGUACAGUGAAUGUCGGUUACAUCAGCCAGGAGUACUCGGAAAGCAAAGCAGCUCCACGCCUCACCGCACCCUUCUCAUCUCAUGAGCAGGCCUCUGUGGAGAGUGUGGACAGUGCCGAAGGUGCUGGUGUCCUACGCUCCUGGGGCAGUCAGUCGUCUCUUGCCGACGCCCAACGCGUGCCAUCACACGACAGCUUCGAUGAUGAGUACAGUACGGCAACACUGGGCCUGGGCAAGCAGGGGGUCUCCUUCAAGGACUACGUCCAGGAGCAGAGCGAACCGCUGGAGCAGGGCAUGCCUGUCAUCCCUGCGGCAGUGCUUGCUGGAUUCACAGGGAGUGGCCCCAUCCAGUUGUGGCAGUUCCUCCUAGAGCUCCUGACCGACACUAGCUGCCAGAGUAUCAUCAGCUGGACUGGUGACGGCUGGGAGUUCAAACUUUUCGACCCUGAUGAGGUGGCACGGCGUUGGGGCCGACGCAAGAACAAGCCCAAGAUGAACUACGAGAAGCUGAGCCGUGGCCUGCGCUACUACUACGACAAGAACAUCAUCCACAAGACUAUGGGCAAGCGCUACGUGUACCGGUUCGUCUGCGACCUGCAGAAUCUGCUGGGCUACGCUGCCGAGGAGUUGCACGGCAUGUUGGGAGUGCAGCCCGACACAGAGGACUGAGGGCGGUGCGUUGCCUGUGUGAGGGGGAGCACACACCACGGAGAGGGGGGGGCAGCCCACUGUCACCGUACAGGCCUUUCUCAAAGGACUGCGGCCAUGUCUGCGGUUGCACUUGAAGACUCCGCUCUGGCUCACGGAGCAGAGCCUCACUUCUCUUUUUCCAGAGCCAGAAAAUCGCACCUCCGGCCAUUUCCCGCAACUGUGCUUUGGCGAGACGGACGUGCCGAAAACUCCUGAGUGUCCAGGAUGAGCUGAAAUCAACUGUCAAUCAAUCUUUAAGCUACACCGAUUCUGAAUACGUUUCAUGUGCUAUCUUUGGGAAUGAUCUUUCUAAACAUGUAUUAUCAUUAUUGUCGCUUAAAUAAUCAGAACUGGGCAUAAAAAGGUAGGGCAGGAGUAUGUUUACACCCAAAGUUACCUCUACUGAGUGCUUCUUUGUAAGGCGUUUUUUUAUAUGCUGGUAGAGAUAGCUCAGAGGGUGCCUGUGUAAGACGGUGUAUUGAGACCACUAUUUAAUGCCAAGUGCUGUUGCCUUUGUUAAGUGCUUUAAACUCAGUGCUGAUGUGCCAGGCAUGCUACCAGGGACAGCCAGCACUGUGCCACAUAUGGUCACAUGACCAUAGCUUUUACUGCCGGUCCCGCUUGUGGGCUUGUCAGCUUGUUUGCCAUCUGACUCUGAGCUGCAUUCUCUUGGAUUGUAAAUAAAAUGUAUAAUUGAUCAGAUCAAUGUUAUGGUCAUAGCUGCUGUGCUGAGACAUGCUUGAUGCCUGCGUCAUUGACUGGAGGACAACACGAACCUUCCAAUUUCAGUAUUUUAUUACAGAGGAUAGUUUUUGUGUGCAUUGAUUCUGCAUUAGUUAACUGCAUCUCAUUAGAAUAUAAGAUGCGCUUAUAAGAUUGGUAUUAGAUUUUGAAACAACAGCAAAGAUUUGCCUCAGUUUUAAAGAGUUAAUGUUUAAACUGCAGUGUCAAUUUUAUUUAUCUUUUUACAUGUCUCAAUUUAUUUAGCUCUAUUUAUAUAAAUUAAAAGCCAUACAGGCCCUCAGAGGAUGCUACAGAUAUUUGAUAGCUGGAAUAGAAACGCUUUAUUUUCUACUUUGUGUGGCUGGUUAUGCGUACAGGGCAUUUUGAUAACUAGACUUGUGUUUGUUACACCAACUUGCUGCUCUUAGCACUAAGCAGCAUCUCAGUUAUUGAAGAUGAUGAAGAUACUAUAUACUGUCUACUCUGCAAGUGAGUAAAAUAUGUAAAUUAAAACAAAUUAUGAAUUUGAUGUAAUUCAUAAAAAUGAAAAAGAUGUUAUUGACAUGUUAUAAAAGGGAGCCUAGUCCCAACAAAUUGUGUGAUCUGUAAAAUUCAUAUGAAUGCUAUGUAGUGAAAAGCAAAACAAGGUUAUGUUACAGCUGUAACAAGCAUUGUGAAACUGCUUAGAUCUGUGUUUAAUGUUAAACUCAUUCUUGUUCCAUGUGUUUAUAAAAACUAUUUUUCUACUUUAA